CUGAAACCUAACCUAAAUUUCAAUUUUGACUGAAAUUGAUCGUGUUGUUUUUGAUAUUCUGUGGCUUUUUGUGAUCACUUUUAAGUGAACUUAACCCAAGUACACUCUAACUAAAGAUUUCAAUGGUGCAAACUCUACCAGGAAGUAUGAUUUUGCAUAUGGAUCCGUUUAUAUACUUACUGAAUUUAGUAAUUGAAAAGAGGAUUUCUAUGUGAUCCGUUAAAAUGGCUGUGUCUAGCUGGAGAACUAGACAUCAAAACAUCCGUACAGGAAGGCUCCGACCAGGUAGGAACAAACAGGAUGAAGUGCUUGUGGACCUUUCUCAAGAGCCCCUAGUUAACAUUAAGGAUAUAUUAAGGAACUUGUGUGAUAAAGAUACCCCACAUGCUCGCUUAAUUAACUAUUUGAAUGGAUUUGUGAAAGUUACUUUACAAAUUGAAGGAAAAUUUGAAAAUCAUGGUUAUAUAAUUGAAGAAAUAUUAUUAUGCUUGAAAUUAACUUUAUUAAACACAUCAACUAAAGUAAGAUCAGGUGGUUUACGAUGUAUAAGGCAUGUGGUGAAAAAUGAGGAAGAUGUGAAUAUUUUAAACAAACUUUUAAUUCCCUAUUUAAUAACCAGGUCAUUAGAUCUAAUAUACAAGCAUGAUGUAGAAAGAAUAGAAGCAAUGAAAUUGAUUAGAAAAAUUUUAAUACUCUCACCUUUAAAUUUUGAUUCUUCUAUGGCCAGAAGCCUUGUUGCUCUAGCCAAUGAGGGCAGUGAGAGUAAAGACAGGCUCUUGAGAAUAUGUCUGGCAACACUGUCAGAGUUAGGAGUUUUAAAUUCAAAAUUGUUUAUAUCAUGUGGGGGCGUGGCAGCUAUAACACGAAAUCUUCUCGAAUGUCAAACGCCGAAGAUUGCUGAAUCUCUUUGCGGGGUCCUGUUGAUGAUGCUCGAUAGGCCUGAAACGAGGGAGUGUGCAUCAGUCGAUCUGCACACCCUUGCUGCACCGUUUUGCGAUUUUCACUACAAACUUCGAUUAAAAGAAAGUAAAAAAUACGAAGUUGAUGAACGUGAAUUAAGGUUGAAUUGUAGUAGGAUGGCUUUGCUUUCUGUACUGAGAAGUUGGUCAGGUAUUUUACAUUUUUGCAACCCCAGGGAUCAGACAGGAUUUAAAGCUGUUGUGGAUGUAUUGUAUUUGGACCAAUUGGAAGUCAGAAAAGCAGUAUUAGAUCUGCUGUAUGAGCUGCUCGGGCUGCCGCAGCCGGAAUGGAGCGACGAAUUGUCGGUGGCGCUCGGCGCGGUCGAUCCGUGCGAGCCGCAGGCCAGCUGGCGCCUGAACGAGGGUUUCGUGGCCGCCGAAGGCAAAUCGGUGUUGCCGCAUCUAUCCAAAACCACGCCCAGUCUUACCGAGAUGCAUCUCAGCCUGCUGCUCUACUGUUUUCUGGAGAACGGGCUGCUCGGCGCACUGUCCGAAGUGAUCGCUACCAGCGACACUUUCAUCAGCGUGCGGGCCACCGUACUAUUAGGAGAGCUUUUAAGAUUGAUACAAGUUUUAUUACCCCCUGACUGUUGUAACGUAUCGCCUUCACUGCCUUUGCUGUUAGACUAUGCUGUGGGAAAUGUUCCGCAAGCUAUUGGAGCUGUAACCGCCUUACAGCAACUACAUAAGUUAAUGAAAAAAAGACCUGCAUCAUACAGUUUAUAUUUAGAUUUUAUAUUAAAAAGUAGCACUAACAGUGCAGACUCGCUAAAACCCAACAGACCUCCAUCAAGACAAAAGCUGACAAGCGGGCUAAAAUCAAAAAUCCACCAAUUACAGUAUGUUCUGCGAGAUAAUGAAGACUCGGUAAAAGACACUGGUGUUUUACUAAGCACUGAUCCAUUCACAUGGAACUGGGACCUAGUGGGUAUACUGCUCAGAGGCGAAAAUAACUUUAAAUUCGACCUGCUAGACCCAUCUCACAAGAACUUCAUCAAAAGACUAUCCGAGUUUUUCAUGCCGUCGAAAAACAAAUAUUCCCACUUGGACUUGAGUUGCGUGCAGCAAAGCAAUCAGUACACGCAGAGCGGAGUUCAACUGAUUUAUUUUUUAAUGCAGAUGGACGACAUUGAUUGCAAGAGUUUGUUGAUGGACCUGUUUAAGGAUAUUUUAAAUAACAUUGAAGCUAUAACUAAGGGAAGGACAGUCCACGAUUGUUUGUUUAGUCCGCAGCAUAUGCAGAACACGCAAUGCCAAAGUUACUUUCUGUUUAUUGGGAGAUUUGCUACAACACCACCAGGGGAUGAGCUGCUGAGAUCUAUUGACAUGUUUGACAAACUUGAAAACCUGGCAACAACAACCAUUCAUGACUGCUACGUAAAACUAAUAGUGUCUUCCUUGGACUAUAGUUUACCGGGAUCCUCCCGUAAAAUUCUGGCUUUAACUUUGACAUGUAAUCAGGAAAACUCCCGACUUUACGCCACGCAAUUUCUCUUGACGUUGCUACGCGCAGGCGUGCAUCAGUUUUCUGUCUGGGGCAUGGAAAUGCUGGUAAACCAGCUGAAAGACAAGUCCAAGGCCGUCUAUUUAGCGGCCAUGAAUGCUUUGCACGAAGCCUGCGAGUUGCCCGAGUGCUUGGAUACGCUGAUAAAAUUAAAUCCCAGCUUGGAUAUCGAAAACGAAAGGGAUAUGUUGCUGAUGAUUCGGUUCUUGUCGAAUAAGAUCGGUUUGGCGCAAAUAACCAAGGACGAAAAAGUAUUGCAGCUCAUAAAGCAUUGGGACAAUGAUUUCGUGUAUAGAUACGUUAAAAUGACGGAGGGAGACAUCGCUGAUGCACUGACACUGCACCAAAGAGGCUUGGAUGGAAAAUACGACAAACGGACCAGCUCUAUUAGAAGUAUGAAUCAAAAGGAGGUGUUCCUACCUCCGCACCUUUAUGGCCAGUUGAAUCAACAAAAAGAGGGGUUGCAGGUGCUUCUGGAACAAGGAAACUGUAAAAAUAUGAUUAAGAUCAUAAUGGAUGCAGAUUGUUCGACCGAAGAUCAAACCUUAAAGCUUAAGGCGGCAAUUUGGUCCAUGGGACAUCUGGCAACGUCCAACGCGGGUUUAAUCGACAUUAAUUCGAAGGGAGUUAUAGACGCCAUCAUCGAUUUGGCUCAAAGUUGCCCGGUGUAUUCAAUCAGAGCCACUGCAUUUUUUUCCUUGGGUAUUGUGGCUACCACCAAGAUGGGGGCCGAUCAGCUAUUUCAGAAAGGUUGGAUAUGCACAAGACAUCAUAGGCAUGAUUUUUGGCCAAUAAUCGAAGACGAAAUUGAAAGUAUAGUAAGGAGACAUCAUAAUAUAUCAAUGUCAGAAGAGGGGAGCAUAUCUAUGGACAAUCCAUUUACAUAUGAGUUCGAGAGCAUAGAUGAAGAUACGGGAGAGGAUUCAUUUUCGAUAAUAGAAUCACCAGAGAUAAGAAGAACAAGCAGCAUGAUGAAACAAUCCACGCUACCUUCCGGGAGACGGCCGUAUUACGGGCACCACAAACGGUCGCAUUCCGAAUCAAAAACUUUCGAAAUGAAUGGAUUUUCGGAAGAUCGUUUCAAGUUCCCGUACGACUCGAUACGGCUUCGAAACCACUCGAUUACGGAAUCGACAACUUCCGGAGUCAGUUCGUGCGACUCCCUGCAAGGCAUCAAAGCAACUACAAAUAUUACUGAACAUACUCAAAAACUAAGUCCUAUACCAAGUUCCUCAAGUCUAAGCACAUUGCAGCAGCAGGCCAAUAGGCCACCGCCAAGAAGUCACAAAAACUCGGAAAGCUCUCACAGAAUGUCGUCACAAAGCGAUACAAACUCUGACAUUUCUUCAUUUUCAAAUUAUAUAUCAUCAAAUAGAUUAACAUACCAAGAUUUGGUAGGCUAUACAACUCUAAGGCAUCUAAGGAAUUCUACUGAAGAAUUUGAUGGACAAUCCAGAGAUACACAGCCCAUAUCCAAUUUUAUCAUUCACAAUAAUCCCAGCCUAUUGGAGGACUUCAAAAUGAUGGACAUCAGUUUCAAAUCGGUCUUUAGUGUUCAAAAAUUCCCUCUAAACUCGUCGCAUAGUAAACACGAUGACAAAAUCUACAUGGGUAUCUCCCUCCCUCAGGUUCUGGGAGUACUCUUCCCCGAUCUUAAAGACGUCAACACCUUUUCUUUGGCUGGGUUCGAAGAAACCGCCGGCGGCGUUGAGGAGUUGAGCGUGCACUCAUCAUCAGACUCUCAAACCAGCAAGCAUCAAAAUAAAUUGAUGGUGCACACACUAGAGAAAUGUCUGAGUUGUAGCCGGCUGCACGAAAAUAAAUUUGCUAGUUUAGCAGAUAAACCAGAUUCUUUUGAUGUUCUGUGUAACAUUGAACGCCUGGCAAAUCCAGUGUGGAAUAAACACGUGAAACAGUAUCUACUUCAAUGUCGUCAUAAAGACUUGGCAAUUUUAAAGGAUGUGUGCAUGUACUCGGAAGUCUGCAAAAUGAUGUCGGAAAGUUCUUAUCGAGUCUCCUCUAGAAGAAUCCUUCACGAACUCUUUCUCGACUUAAACCUAAAUUCAAUUUACGAGGAAUGCCAAAUUAAGUUGCAAAACAAGGGCGAAUUAAAGAGAAACAGUUUGCCACAAGGAGAUUCUAUAAAUGGAAACAGUUCCUUGCUUCAAAACCCUCCAGUCACUUUAGCAAUAGGAUCAGCAUCAGUCUCAUCUAUUAUACACACUUCACCCACUUUGGAUUCAUUAAAAUUCAUUUACAAGGAAAACAAAUUUCCCAUCAGAGAGAACAAAUGAUUUCAAAUCAAUGCCUUCAAUUUCUAGCAUUGUGUAUGCAGCAGACUGUAUUUGUACAAUUUUUGUUAGUAUUUUCCAUUUUAAUUUAAAGUUUUAUUUAUAAAUAAAAAUGAUAUGUAUACCAGU